AUGAAAAAUAAUAUGUUACUACUCUUUAGUCUUCUAUUAAUAAGUCAUUCAGAGAGCUUACCAAAAGUAGAUUCAUGCACAUGUAAAUAAAUUUUGAGUUCUAAUGAUUGUGUGUAAUUAACUAAGUGUUAAUGGAACAAUACCUCAGGUGUUUGUGAAGAACGUAAAUCUACAGAUUUAGAAUCAUAUUGUUCUGUAAAUACGAUAAAUUGUCCAACAAUUGGAUGUGCAUUAAAUUAGGGAACUUGUAAACCUUUUAGUGGUUGCACAGUAUAUUAGGCAAAAACACAUUAAGAUUGUCAAAAGAUCAGUAGGUUAUGUACAUCAAAUGGUUAACAUUGUAUCUAAGUAGAAUUGUUAUGUGAUAAUUUUAAUGAGAAUUAGAUAGGUUGUGAAGUAAAUUAAGAUGGAUUUCCAUGUUUUUGGAAUAUUGAAAAUAAAAAAUGUUAUGAAAUAUAGUAAUGUAAUCAAUUUCCAUCAUCCUACACUACUCAUGAAUCUUGUUAUGAAGCCGGAUAAAAGAAGUAAUUGAAAUGUACAGCUAAAGAAGGAGGAGGUUGUAUAGAUAUAGCACCAGAAUGUAGCACAUAAUAAAAAAUGGGAUGUGUUAUUAAUUCAUCAAAUAGUCCUUGUUUUUGGGAAGGAGCUUCAUGUAAAGAUAAAACUUGUAUUAAUGCACCUACUACUAAUACAACCCAUUAAUAGUGUCAAACUUAUUCAAAUUCAUGUUCUUUAAAUAACGAUAACAAAGGAUGUAUGGAUAUGCCAUCAUCAUGUGAAGUUUAUACCAACGAACCAUAAUGCAUUUAUGCAAAUGGAACUUUAUGCUUUUGGUUCGCCAUUAUUUGUAAGGAAGGUGAUACCAAUUGCUAACCUAGUUCCGGAUGUAAAUAAUGGACUUGUGAAAAUGCUUUACCUUCAUAUAAUACUGAUGCUUUAUGCAAACAAUUCAAAAGUGAUUGCACUGUCAAUAAUACUAAUAAUGGUUGUAUAAAGAGAUUAGAAUCUUGUUCUUCAUAUACAACUCAAAACUAAUGUGUUACAGACUUAAGUGAAUAAUAAACAUGUUAUUGGAAUGGUUCCAAAUGUGUUGAUAAAACAUGUGCCAAUGCUGUACUCACUAAAUAUAAUUAACAAUCUUGCACCAAAUUUAUGUCGUAAUGUACUGCUGAUAAUAAUAAAUGCACACUUAAAACUUGCUCAACUUAUUCAACUGAAAAUCUAUGUAGUAUUGAUUAUCAGAACAAUACAUGUGCUUGGAGUGGUUCCUGUACAUUAAAAACAUGUGAGAAUGCUAGUUCUGAAUUAACUACUCAUAAAGAAUGUUAAUAAUGGCUUAACAGUUGCACAGUGAAAUCAGAUCUAAAAGGAUGUUAAAACCUAGAAUAAGUUUGUAGCAUUUAUAAAUUGAAGGAUUAAUGCUACUUUGCAGGGAAUACUAAAUACGAAUGUUUAUGGAUUAAUGGGUAAUGUGUUUAAAAGAGCUGUUCUACUGCAAGUUCAGAUAUUUAUUCAGAUGAGGAAUGCACAAAAUAUUUAAAUGGAUGUAUGAUUAGUGAUAAAAAGAGUGGUUGUGUAAGUCGUAAGGCAACUUGUUUAGAAUUAUUAGAAUAUUAAUGUUCUACAACAAUUUCAGGAUCAUUUUGUUUUUGGAAUGGAUCAUAAUGUGUAGCAAGACAGUGUACAUAAGUAGUUUAUAAUACAGUAAAAGCUUGUAAUACAUUUUUAUCAACAUGUACUGCAAAUUUUGAUGGAACUUAGUAUAAUGGAUGUGUAACAAAAUAAAAUAAAUGUAAUGGAUAUAAUAAUGAAUUUAUGUGUAUUGAUAGUUUAACAGAAGGAAAAUGUGUUUGGAAUAAGAAAGCUACACCUAUUGCCUGUGAAGCAAGAUCUUGUUAAAAUUCAAAUUAGACAACAAGUGAUGAAGCAUGCAAUCAAUUCUUACCUAUUUGCACAGUUAAUACUGCUAAAACAGGAUGUAUUGAGCGUUAUGAAAAAUGUAAUUAAUAUGGAAAUGAAGUAAAUUGUAGAAAAACAAAAUCUGAAUCAGAAUGUAUUUGGUAUAAUAAUGGCUGCAUAGAUAAGACAUGUGAUAAAGCUAGUAAAACUUAUACUAGUCAUGAUGAAUGUCAAUAAUAUAGUAAGAAUUGUACAACAAAUGGUAAAGGAUGUAUUUAAAUUGAUGCAUGUUCUACUUAUACAACUAAAUCAGGAUGUAUUAUUGAUUAGAAUAAGUAACUUUGUGCAUUCUAACCUAGUUGUAAUUUACAAUAAUGUUCUGAUGCUCCUUAAUCUUAUUAAACUGAUGAAUAAUGUAAAUAAUUCAAAAAAGAAUGCACAACUAAUGGUAAUGGUUGUGUAUUAAGAACUGAGUGUUCAGAUGCUUACAUUGAAUAAGCUUGUAUUACUGAUUUAUUUGGUUAAAAGUGCUCAUGGAUUAAUAAUAAAUGUGUUGCUUAUAGUUGUUAAAGUGCACCAACUAAGUUUGUGACUGAAAUAGAAUGCCAAUUACAUAAACCAGGAUGUACUGUAAACUAAUCUGGAGGUUGUAUUACUAAAGGUUUAUGCAAAGAUGCUAAAAUAUCAUAAGCUUGUACAACUGAUAAAUUUGGGAAUUAAUGUAGGUUCUCAAAAGAUGGAUGUAGAGAUAUUAUUUGUUCAGAUAUUGCAUAUACAAAUCAUUAUGAUUGUUAUAAUUUUGAUCCUAAAUGUACAUCUAAUGGAUUAACAUGUAUUGCUUAAGCGAAUUGUAGUACCAAAAUUUAAAGUGGUUGCUUUCUUGGUUUAGAUGGACCAUGUUUAUGGGUUGGAAAUGCAUGUUAUUAAUAUUCAUCUUGUACAUCUCUUAAUUUCUAAACUCAUGAAUAAUGUUAUGAAUUUAGUAAUGAAUGUACAACAGAUGGAAAUACUUGUAUUCCAAUAGAUAAAUGUGAAAAAUUAUCUUCAUUAGGAUGUAAAUAGGGAACUGAUGGAAAAUGUGUUUAUUUAUCUGAUAAGAAUUAAUGUGUUGUAUUUUAAAACUGUAAUUCAGUUCUAUAUAAAAGUCAUGAUGAAUGUCAAAAUAUCAAUAAAACGUGUACAACAGAUGGAGAAAAAUGUAUAGAAUUGUAAGAAUGUUCUUCAUAUACAAAAUAGGAAAACUGUUAGAUAAAUAAUUAAUAGUAAAAAUGUUAUUAUGAUGAAAAAGAAAAGAAAUGUGGUGAUUUAUAAUGUUCUCACUUAACUUUUAUAACACAUAAUGAAUGUAAUUAAGCAUUAAAUACAUGCACAAGUGAUAAUAAAAAGUGUAUUACUAUAGAUAAAUGUGAAACUUAUGAUAAGGAAUUUUGUAAUACAACAAUAAGUUCAGAAGGUAAAUGUAAAUAUGAUCCAAAUGAUAAUAAAUGUCGUUUAAUAAAAUGUUCAGAAUUAUUAGAGAAUUGUACUUAAAUAAAUAAAUGUGUUGAUAGUGGAAUAGGAUGUGUUGAUUAAUUAACAUGUGAUAAAUAUGGAACUGAGAAAGGAUGUAAAUAAGGUGGAACUGAUGGAUAUUGUGUUUGGUAUUUAGAAGACGGAGAAGGGAAAUGUAAAAUAAUGACAGCAUGUUCAGAUGCUUCAACAAAUAAAGAAGCAUGUUUGUAGAAAUCAUGGACUUGUUAAUGGACUGAAACAUCAACAAAAAGUAUUUGUGCAUAACAUACAUGUUCAUCAAAAUAAAAAGAAACAGGAUUAUGUUUACCAAUUUUAGAUUUUACUUAGAUGAAUUAUGAAUUAUGUUCUAUGUCUAGUGGAUAAUGUAUUAGCACACCAAAAGAAUCCCUAACAGCAUCAAGUUGUUUUUAAUCUACUGCUUAUACAUACACUUGGGAUUCUGCAAAUGCUGUUUGUUUGUAAUGUGGAAAAACAUUUACAAAUUCAAACAAUUAGACAAAUUCUUCAAACAACACAAAUGAUACAGAAAUUGAUAAUUUUGCUCCAAUAUUAUUGCUAAUGCUCAGUCUGAUUAUUAGUAUAUAUAUUUGAU